AUGGCCCUCGACCAGCAACGCAACUGGGACAUCUCCAUGGCGGAGAACCUGGCGGCAUCGAAGCGCAGGCGGGAAGCAGUCACCGAGCAAGAAGCACCACUGCACCACACCACCACCACCACCACCUCCUCCACGGACCAGUCAACACCACCCCCACCCAUCUACCUCCCCGACGAAAUCCUCAUCCAGAUCCUCAACUACAUCUCCCACCUCCCCACCCCCCUCUCCCAACCCACCUUCGCCGCCUGCGCCCUCCUCUCCCACCAAUGGCACAACGCCAGCACCCCCUACCUCUACGCCCACCCGCGCCUCUACGGCGGCAACUACGACCCCUUCGUCCGCGCCAUCUGCCCAAGCAUCAACCUCCACGUCCGCCAAUCCCCGCUGUCCAGCCUCGUCAAGACCCUCGACAUGGGUUCGCUCGUGCAUCAGGGGAGUAAAAGCUUGACCGCGCGCGUGUUGGGGCGGACGAAGGGGAAUUUGGAGACGUUUGUUGCGCCGCAGGCCAGUUUCGCGAUUAAUUGCUUGCCGGCGUUGAGCAAGUGCUCGGCGUUGAAGUGUUUGGAUUUGAGUCUCGUUAGUGAGAGUCCGCCGUUACCGGAUUUGUUCCGAACACUGGCACAUUUGGGCGAGCUGAAAACGCUACGGUUACCGCGCAGUGCCGGCUUCGGAGUCCACUACAAACCCACCUCCUUCCUCUGGCCGCCCCAACUCGAAGACCUCACCAUCAGCGGCGGCAUCGACGCCCACUUCCUCCACGGCGUCGUCGCCUUCCCCCAAACCCUCAGAAGCCUCACGAUCGAGCACUGCCCCCUGGCAAAAGGCUACGCAGUCACCCACCUCCUCCGCACCGCCGUCCGACCCCUACGCAAUCUGGAAAGCUUCAAAAUCCGCCAGAUGCCGCGCCUGGGAAGUAGAAGUCUGGACGACGUCCUCUUCCUUCUCCCCCAAAUCCACCGCCUAAGCAUAAGCGUCGACUACAUCUCCCCCGCCUUCCUGGACGAGCGAAACGAGUGGCGCAUACCAAAAGAAAGCAUCGUCGUCCCCUCCGCUUCCGCUUCCUCCUCCCACUCCACCACCUCAACACCAUCUCCAACUCCAUCCACCACCACCACAAACCGCGAUCCAAGCUACUGGUCCGACCUGACCGCCUCCUCCCCUUUACUCCGCGACCAUCCCCUGCACACCCUCGAACUGACCUCGAGCGGCGCAACGGGCGCGGAGGACAAAAUCACGCCCGUGGAUAUUUUGAUCGCGAUCACGGAUGAUGGGAAUCUGCCGCAUUUGAGACGGGUGCUGGCGGCGAGGAGUUUGAGGUGGGGGUCUAGCUCGACGGCGGGGGAUUCGGAGGCGUUGACGGAUGCUUUGGUGGAGGGGGCGAGGGCGGGGUGGGAGAGGGAGAGGAGUGGGGGAAGUGGGUUAGGGGAGGGUGGUGUGGAGGGGCAGGUUGGAGAGUGGGAGAGGGGGGUGGGGGUUUGGGAGAUUGAUGGAUGA